UCGAUGUUUUGAUCAUUGUGAUAAUAAUUAGUGUGUUACACGAGCCGAUUGAGUUCAGAAGUCGCUUAUGUUACUUACUCUACAAUAAUCUAUUUAUUAGAUAUGAGUCAGAUAUUCGGGGUGUUUCUUAUAUUGUGGCUGAUAAACUACUCAGCUGCUCAAGAUGCAAACUGCGAUUUUUAUCAAAAUGUAGAAGUAGGCUACACAUACUACAUCUAUAGUCCAGGGUAUCCCAAUAACUACUUGCCGGGCAUACAAUGCCGGUGGAUCGCCGUCUGCCCAACAGGGUACAACUGUAGACUCAAUUGUCCUCAAAUCUCGAUCCCUCGUGAGAAUACACAAACAUGCACCAUAGAUCGCCUGCUGGUCUCCCGCAGUGGUGACCCUAUACUCGCUGCAGCCGACCCGUAUUGCGGUCUGAGGGCAAUAAACGCCGUCUCUACGGGUCAAAGAUUGUCUGUAGGUUUAAUAACCAGUCGUAAUAGUCCUGGCGGUAGGUUCUAUUGUGAGCUGACGGCACAACCCGCGGGCCCUGCUUCUGGUUGCACUUGCGGUGUCAGAAGACAGAACCGUAUCGUUGGUGGUCAAGAAACAGGCAUUAACGAAUACCCAAUGAUGGCAGGAGUCAUCGACGUUGACAUCAGUCAGAUCAAAUGCGGGGCUGUGAUCAUCACGAAUAGGUUCGUCAUGUCUGCAGCUCAUUGCGUGGUGGGACGCAAUGUGGCCCGCACGGCCAUCGUGGUUGGGGAGCAUAAUGUGCAAGUCGGUGACUCCCCAGCCACCGCUGUUUAUCGGGUGCAAAGAUUUAUCAUACAUCCACUGUACAAUGAGAAUAUUUUUGACUACGACGUAGCAUUGAUUGAAGUUGUUGGAACUAUAGCCUUCAGCGAUCGCGUCAAUGCUGUGUGCUUGCCUUUCAAUUCCCAAGACUCGGACCUUACUGGGAGCAAAGUUACUUUAUUAGGUUGGGGUACUAUAUACCCUGGCGGUCCGACGUCAUCAUAUCUCCAGAAGGUGGAUGUGGAUGUCAUUAGUCAGCGUGCUUGCAGUUCUUUGGUCAGGACCCUGACUGACAGACAGAUGUGCACUCUUACCCCGGGAAAAGACGCUUGUCAGGAUGACUCGGGCGGGCCCACUCUAUACACGGACCCCGUAACCGGGCUCCUGUUCAGCGUGGGCGUCAUCAGUUCCGGGCGGAAUUGUGCAUCCAGGACCGACCCUGGCAUCCACACGAGGGUCAGCAGUGUACUCUCGUGGAUAGUCCAAAACGCACCGUACAAUUACUGUCAAAAAGAAUACGCAACUGCGAUAUAACUGGACGCCGAACUUUUAUAUAAGAAAGUGAAUGCCCGACAUUGUGGAAUAGUACAUACAUAAAUGUAUGGACAUCAUUUCGCAUAUAAGUGAUUGGUUAUAUCAACAAUUAUAUAAAUGUUACUAAGUAGCUGACUCAGCGAAAGUUGUUUUGUCUUAUAAAUUAUUUCUGAGCAAUAUCUCGAGAAAAAAAAAUGUAUGAAUAAAAAAGGUAUCCCUGUUAUCCGAUUCUCAGACCCAUUUUAUAUUAGAAGAUUAAUAAAAUAUACGUGCCUAUUUGAAAAGAUAAUAUUCCUUCCCAACCACAGUAUUAUGCCAAA